AUGCCGUCGCUUCACUAUACCCUUGUUAGGGCCAUUUUGCGUCACAAGAAACUAUAUAAUGAGGUGCUCCUGCCCUACUUUGCAACCCUUCACCCCUAUGGCGUGAGGCAUGUAGUUCGUCAUUAUCAAUGUCUCUUUCCAUAUGUUUUGGACCCAUCAGGUGGAAACCUCUUGAAAUUGGAAGAGAGUAUUCAAAAGGCAGUUCAUAGCGGAGAGAAAGCGUCUCUAGCCUUCGACGCUCUCAACUGGCUGUCUUGGAUGGAAAGGCGGUGUGCUUCUGUAUCGACUGAUGUGCUGCACAACGCAGACUACAGGUUUGUUGUGGGUGAGAUAUGCGAGGUGGCUGGCACAAGAGAACGUGCAGUUAUAGCAGUUCGCUUUCCCGUUUUUCUGACAGAAGAUAAGAAUCCCAAGGCUGGGAACUUUGAGUGGCUUGAUAUGCCUUGGUACAUCGUCCUUCCUCCUUACAAUGGUCAAAAUCGAAAGAAUGGGGAAAAACUUAUCCCUGAACUGCUGCUACGAAAAGUGCAACACCCUGCAUCAGUUGGGUAUAAUCCCCGGUUACCAGUCUUUUUUGAGGGCUAUGAUAUGAACAAGAGUCUAUAUGUCCCUCGAAAAUCUAUUGGUGAAGCUGAAACGAUGACAACGCAGGUCUAUGUGUGA